CAAUAACCAGUUUCCCCAAGACCCGAGUCGUGGACGACUCUCGAUCUGGAUUAUUGCAGUGGCACAGAAUGCUAUUGAAGAAACUGUCGCAUCCCAUUUCGACGAAUAAGAACAAUCUGACAAGGCUUUUGAGUGCUCUUUGUUCGGGUCUCCCUUGCCUACAACUAAGAUCGACCCGUUGUCGCGCGUGUUGAAAUUAAUGCUCGAAGUUAAUGAAGCCGGGACGGAAUCAAGGUGCGCAAUCUUUCCGGCCUCACAGUAGGGGAGUUGAGUUUUUUGUCGAUUCAUGGGCAAAUCAGCGGAAGUUUCGGUCAGGGGCAAGCACGGCAGAGAGGCUGCACGAUGCAGCUGCGCAAGCAUGAGCCUGCGACGGCCCAGCACGACAGUCUUCGCUGUACUUUUGACCACGUUGAACCAUCCGCUGCUGUGGCAGAACUGUCAACUGUCCAUUCUGCCUCGCCACGAGGACCAGUGGCACUCAUGUAAAGGGAAAGAGGCUUUGCCUAUUCGCGCCGGUCGGCGGGACAGACUUCCGCGAUCCACCCGCAGCUCACGACGACUGUCUGUGUUUAGUGCUGUGAUUCCAGGGCGAUUGUGUGAUCGGAUUUUGACACGCGAUUCAGGCGGGGGCUUUGUCUGCGCAUUGAGUCCUGCUGGCCGACUCGAUUUGGAAAAGCGUCGUACGAUCGGCUUGAUGAGGUUUCGAUAGACCGGAAUGCCUCUCCGUAGCUUGGUGAUAGAGGCUUCAAUGAGCCGCACAUAAUUGACGUCUGGAGCGUCUUCGCCUCACCAAGAGUGGAUUCUUUCAUGUUGAGAUAUUUUGGCAGAAAUAUGGGCCGUGGCGGCCAUGUUGGAAGAUGCUCAGAAUCGGCACGCUCAUCCACCUUGCACGAGCACAGGUACGGCACCAGCGAAUGCUGGACACGACCAUCGUUAUUGAACGCGUGUGAGUGCGAGUGCUAGCAAAGAGCAACAACGGUCGGCAAAUAGCAAUGUGAAUUACGGAG